AUGUCCUCCAAAAGGGGGAAUAUUCAGCCGAAGCCAAACACAGAUCACCAAGAAGUGGCAAGCAAGUCUCAUAUCUCAGGACUGGACAAGAUCCUCGCAAAGCUGUCUCCCAAACCCCAAUCUAAUGCCAAAAAAGCUCCCAUGGCCUCUGAAACCAAGGGAAAGCCAGAUGAUAAGCGUUCAUUGCAGUCCGAUAGCCAGCAACGAGACUUGCGGUCUGUCAGUAGCCCGCCCCGAACCAUCAGCAAAGACCUGGCUUACAGCGAAACAUCCUUUCCAAAGCAGGCAGUAAAGUCUUCUAUUGCAGCGCCUUUCAUGAAUAAUGCAGAGAGCGUUGGCAACACCAACAUUAGUCUCGUCGACACAGCUGAAAUGCUUCGCUUGAAGCAGGAGCUCAUUGCUGCCAACUCUCGCAUUGCCCAGCAGGAGCAAGAACUAGCACAGACUCGCGUCAUAAAACAUACACUCGAUCAGGCCCUUGGACCUCCGUCUGAAGCUGACUUUGGGGGUCGUGAAAUUACGGAUCACACAAUUAGCGGCCUACAGUCUGCUUUCAAUGCCUCCGCUAAAGCUUACAAUGACAGAACAGACUCCUGGGUUCCGGAUGAUGCCAAAUCAGAUAUAUCCGAAUCACUCUCUGCUGGAGCGUACAAUAGAAACCGUGGCCUAUGGACAGUACCUGCUCAAGCUGCGUUUGGUACUCACCAAGGGAAAGGUUGCCCGGAAUCACCUUCAGUAACUCAUAGUGCCCUCGUGCAAGACUCUGCUCAUCCAUGGACAGUCGCCGUCUCAGGAGCAAACAUACAGGCAGCAGUGCAGCAGCAUCGAGUAUUUUCUGGCCCAGCAAAUACUGCCCUAGAUGGUCGGUACAAUGGUGAGCAAAAUCCAUAUUUAAAUGGGAUUAACUUUGCCCCUCGUCGCUCGAUUACGCAAAUGAGUCGACCUACAGCCUACUUCCCACCGAUGCCGGCCUCUUGGGCGCCAUUCAAUGGGAAGUCCGCAUACACCACCCCUUCCAUCAAUUCUUACCAGCAGGUUGGGCUCUAUCAGAUCCCUCAGUAUCAACCACGUCCUAUUGGAACCCCCCUCUCUCCUACAGCAGCAGAAUUCACUUCUAAUAGCACGCCCGCUGACACAUGGACUGGAACAGCUAGUACCGGAGCAGCUGCAACAUAUGUGACACCGCUAGAACCAAUAAAUUAUCGCCGUUUGCUUGACAAGAAUGUCUCUUGCGACUGGAAGUACAUAGUCGAUAAGAUUGUCUGUAGCAGUGAUCAACAGGCGUCCAUUUUUCUGCAGCAGAAGCUCAAAGUUGGGACAGUUGAGCAGAAGUAUGAUAUCAUAGAAGCCAUCGUGAACCAGGCGUAUCCUUUGAUGAUUAACCGCUUUGGGAACUUUUUGGUUCAGCGUUGCUUUGAACACGGGACCCCUGAGCAGGUCAUUGCCAUAGCCAAUGCUAUCAAAGGAAACACCUUAAGCCUUAGCAUGGAUGCAUUCGGAUGUCACGUCGUUCAGAAAGCCUUUGACUGUGUGCCUGAGGAACACAAGGCUGCGAUGGUCCAUGAGUUGCUACGACGAAUCCCGGAAACAGUAAUCCAUCGCUAUGCUUGCCAUGUAUGGCAGAAACUAUUCGAGUUGCGAUGGAAUGGAGAGCCCCCGCAGAUAAUGACGAAGGUUAACGAGUCAUUACGAGGCAUGUGGCAUGAGGUGGCAUUGGGUGAGACUGGUAGUUUGGUCGUGCAGAACAUAUUCGAGAAUUGUGUUGAAGAUGAGAAGCGCCCCGCGAUUGAAGAAGUUCUGGCCAAUAUCGACCUUCUCUCACACGGUCAAUUCGGUAAUUGGUGUAUCCAACACAUCUGCGAGCACGGAGCUACACAUGACAAGAACCGUGCAAUCGAGCACAUCUUACACUGGUCUGCGGAUUACAGUAUGGAUCAGUUCGCUUCCAAGGUUGUCGAAAAGUGUUUGAAGAUUGGCGGCCCCGAGUUUCUGGACCGUUAUCUGGCAAGAAUUUGUACAGGGCGUGCUGACCGACCUCGCAUGCCUCUGAUUGAUAUUUCUGGAGACCAAUAUGGCAAUUAUUUGAUCCAGUGGAUCUUGAUCCACGCUGCACCUCAUCAGCGUGAGUUGGUUGCUACACAUAUCAGAAAACACAUGGUGUCGUUGAGAGGCUCGAAAUUUGGUUCUCGUGUGGCUAUGCUGUGCUGCAAUCCUUCUCACGCAACUCGACCUGGUCCUGGAGCUGGAGUGCAAGCGAACACCAGAUAUGCAAACUCCAGUGACGAUCGCCUGCAGGUAUCCAAUAGCUCUGGGAAUCGUUUCAACCGAAACAACAGCAAUUGGGGACCAACCUUUCCUCCAUUUCGUUGA